AUGGCACUCCGUGCUCCAUACGAUGCCGACAAACUACCGGACUGGGUCCUCGGAGCCCUUCCGUAUGGAGUACUGUAUCCCAAAGUUUACGGCAACGUUGCAUCACUGGUUCUGCAAGGAACAGUCUCCAGGCAAAAGUCUGUAAAUCUUAUCUCUGAGGAAUGGAACCACAAGAUGGUUUCAUGGGUUGGAUCAGUUGCGACCCAAAGUCAGAUGGAACAACAAACAAUCGUGCAAGUGGGACAGAAAAUUCCAAGCCAUGCCAUAAGGCCUUGUCUUGUUCCUCCAAUGCUCCAAUUGGAAUACAAAUCGAAAACACUUUACCUGGUAUCCCUGGUUGUGGAGAGGCCAUGA